AUGGAUGCUUUUGAAGAGAGCUUUUGGUGGGGUAAACAUUCUUCUGGUAUGGCAGAGUUCUGGAGUUCUCUCGGUGUCUAUUUAAUAUCUGCAUUUAUUGGGAUUUUGUCUUUGGUUUACUUGUUGACCGUAUGGCGGCGGACUCUCAGUUUAAACUGGAUGAAGGCUAUAGCCAGGACAAGGAAGCGUAGAAAAGCAAAGCAUAAGGUUCCAGGUGUUGCUCAUAGUUGGAGCGCAGAAUCUGGUUCUCAUGCGAAAGGUCUAAAAUGUUGUGUGUGCUUGGAGGAUGUGGUACCACCUCAACCUCUUGGACAGAUGAUGACUACGAAUAGUUCAGUAUUCCUGUGUGAUGUUUGUGGCGCUGCUGCACACUUGGCAUGCUCUUCAAAGGCACACCAAGAUUGCAAAUGUGUCUCCAUGAUAGGUUAUAAACAUGUAAUCCACCAAUGGACUGUACAAUGGACAGAAGCAGCUGAUCGAACUGAAGAAACUCCUUGCUGCAGUUAUUGUGAAGAGCCUUGCAGUGGAUCUUUUCUUAGUGGCUCUCCAGUUUGGUGUUGUAUGUGGUGCCAACACCCCGUACAUGUGGAUUGUCACAUAAAUAUGGCUAAUGAAACAGGUGAUAUUUGUGACCUAGGACCAUUUAGGCGCCUUAUCUUGUCACCACUCUUUGUGAAGGACUUGAGCAAGACUGAAAAAAGUGGUUUCCUGAGCUCUAUAACACAUGGGGCAAAUGAACUGGCAUCUACUGUACGGGGACAUAUUAUGAAUCAGACUAAAAAGUACAAGCAUGACAUGGAAAUUUCUGUUGAUUCUGCUGAUAACAAUAGUACAAAUGGCUCAUCUAAGGAUAGCAUAACAGAUUCUCACUCAGUGUCUAAGGGCUCCCUUGGUAAUGGUGAACAUUGUAAUGGAGUCACUGAAGCUGGGAAUCGCCAUCAAGGUGGUGAUAGUGAUCAUGAAGAUGUGAUGACGGCGGAGCCAAGAAGAAGUGCUUCAUUUACUAAAAGAAAAGAUUAUCAUAAUCUGGUGAACAACCAAAAAUAUGAAUUGGUCGACAUACCUUCUGAUUCCAGACCACUACUUGUUUUCAUUAAUAAGAAAAGUGGUGCACAACGUGGUGACUCAUUGAGACGUAGGCUGCACAUUCUUUUGAACCCUGUACAGGUCUUUGAGUUGAGUUCGACAAAUGGGCCAGAGGCAGGAUUAUCUUUAUUCAGAAAGGUACCCCACUUUAGGAUACUUGUAUGUGGUGGAGAUGGUACAGUUGGUUGGGUGCUUGAUGCCAUAGACAAACAAAACUAUGAAUCACCUCCACCUGUUGCAAUUCUUCCAGCUGGCACAGGCAAUGAUCUUGCAAGAGUUUUGUCCUGGGGAGGUGGUCUUGGGGCUAUCCAAAGGCAAGGAGGUCUAUGCACAGUUUUGCACCACAUAGAGCAUGCUGCAGUCACCAUUCUUGAUAGGUGGAAGAUAACAAUAGAAGAUUUGCAAUCUAAGCAUGUCCAUCCCCCAAAAUUUAUGAAUAACUAUCUAGGGAUUGGAUGUGAUGCAAAGGUUGCCUUAGACAUUCAUAAUCUUCGUGAAGAAAACCCUGAAAAGUUUUUCAAUCAGUUCCUAAAUAAGAUGCUUUAUGCAAGAGAAGGUGCAAAGAACAUAAUGGACAGGACAUUCGCAGACCUACCUUGGCAGAUCAGAUUAGAGGUUGAUGGAGUUGAAAUAGAGGUUCCUGAGGAUGCAGAAGGAAUACUUGUUGCAAACAUUGGAAGUUAUAUGGGAGGUGUUGACUUAUGGCAAAAUGAGGAGGACAACAAUGACAAUUUUGAUCCUCAGUCAAUGCAUGACAAGAUGAUAGAAGUUGUCAGUAUCAGCGGGACUUGGCAUCUGGGGACGCUUCAGGUUGGGCUUUCUCGAGCUCGGAGACUAGCACAAGGCCAGCUAAUUAAGAUUCAGUUAUUUGUUCCAUUCCCUGUUCAAGUUGAUGGGGAGCCUUGGAUUCAGCAGCCAUGCACAUUAGCAAUAUCUCAUCAUGGCCAGGCUUUCAUGUUGAAGAGAGUAUCAGAGGAGCCGCUUGGUCAUGCCGCUGCAAUAAUAACCGAUGUGCUAGAGAAUGCUGAAAGCAGCCAUGUGAUCACUGCCUCACAGAAACGGGCCCUUCUACAGGAGAUGGCACUAAGGCUUUCAUAGUACCUGGGCAAAUAUGGAUGGCCAUUGGACACCUUAAUAUCCUUUCCUCCAUGAAGUUGAAAUCAUAAAUCAUACUGUGGUUUUUGUAGAUAUCAGAAAAUUCUUGUACAUUAUACAUAACAUCUUUGUUCUUUAGUUUGUAUGUUUUCUUUAUUCGUGUCACUUACAGCUGCCUAUAAUUAGUAUCAUGGAGGCUUGACAUUGGAUCUAUGUCCAUUUCCUCCUUAUGCUUGUGGGCUCGUUGCAGAGUCCAUGUGAAAUUGCACUUUACAGUUCAUAACUUCUAAGAUUUGUUACUGUCUUUUCCAUGUUAUGUUUCAUAAAGAAUUAUUCAGUGAAAUUUUUUGGAAAAGGUGCAAAUACUUUGCUGUGGUCUAUGUGCAUAAACUAAAGCAAGAGAUCACGAAAAUGGAAGAUGAUACAGCUAGAAGCAUAGGAGUUGAAGGGAAACCCAGAAAGAAGGGACAGCAACCUGUAGUAUGUCUUGGCAACAGUGUACAAGGAGAAACAUCUUGUUUGUUAAUAGUUUGGACAAGGGCCCCGGCAGAGGUCUGGUUUAAGCUGACCGUCGUCUUCGAAAGGCCCUCUUGAGCUUCUUCCAGAUCUUUGGGACAAUCCCUCUGCUCUGUCCCGCAUGGCUGGAAGAGGUUCGGGCUCCGGUAGGGUGAACAACCAUGCUGGGCUGCGUGCAGGGCCCUGUCGAUCUGGUUCACCACUGCCUUGAGCUCCAACGAGUCGUACAGGUUGCUGCUCUGCGUCUUCCGGUGAUUCGGUGUCCACCGGGGCGUCAAGGCAUGGCCGAGGAGGCUGAUCAUGGUUCGGAGCUCAUGCCAGUCGAAGAGGGAGGUGGUGGCUUGGUCUCUCUGUCCUGGCGACUGCAACUGGAUCAAGGUUGUCGAUGACCUCGGUGGCGUGGGUGAUGCUCUUUCCAUCUGCAAGAGAAGAUAUUGAGGUGUGGAUGUUCACUUCUCGCUCGACUGAUUGCAGGUAAAUCGUUUCGGGUUCUAUGCAUGCCAAACAAGAGGAUGAAUUGAAUUGGAUAUUCAACAUAAAUUCCAAGGCAACAAGACAGACGAAGCCACCAGGUAUUUCGAUGUGAUCAAGAUCGAGUCUCGAAACGAUUGUUUCAAGACAAAAGAUUGGCAGCGCAGGUAGUAGCGCGACAAUGCGCACGGUAACUGCACCGGUUGUGGUGUCGUUCUCUCUGCCAAAGCUACCGUGGCGGAGGAGUACAUCACAUCUUCUCGCCUUCUCUCUCCCCAUUGCCACUACCUCUCUAGGUUAUGGAUUACAGCCGUAGGUGGGCCGAACCGCAGGCGCCGCCGCAGCCGCCGCCGACGUACCACCACCCCGAAUCCCACCUCUACAGCGCACCGCCGCCGCAGCAGCCGGUCCCGCAGCAUCUCCUUCCCCACCCCGUCGCUUACUAUCCCUAUCCUAAUCCUCACCCCAACCCUUAUCCUCCUGGCGAUCCUGAGAACCCAGUCAGACCUGACGCCCAUGCCAGUCACAACCGGAUCCCCGCGGAUCCCUAUGCCAGUCGCCUCUACGCAACCCGUGGUGUGCACGACGGCCUUCACCCGGUGCCCUACCCUUAUCCUGGACAAGAAAGUCCGCCGGCGGUUCCCGGGCCCAUCCACCGCCCGUUCCCGGUAGAUCCCUAUGUCGGUGGCUACUACGCUCCCCGCGGUGGGCACGAGGUCCUUCACCCGGCAUCCUGCUCAUAUCGCGGAGGAGAAGGUCCGGCGGGGGUUUCCGGGGUGUCGUUGUACUACCACGGUCGUGGUGGUAGCGAACAACAUGGAUUCGCGGUGGAGGCGAUUCAUCCAUUCCCCGGCGCUAAUCCACUCGGUCAUAGCGCUGGUCAACCACAAUUUUCUACGGAACUGGAACACCCAAUUCCAUCCCAUAUGCAAUUCCCAGAUUGGAACAUGGCAAUGCAUCCUACCUCUAAACUAACAAAGAAAAGGACCCUGAAAGACCAGAAGUGGACCACCAAAGUAGUGCAAUCAGCAUAUUGUGAAGUUUGUAAGAUCAACUGCGACACUCAGGAAGUCCUGAUGAUACAUAAACAGGGGAAAAAGCAUCAGAAAAAUCUGCAGAAGCUACAAGAGUCUGUUACAGCAAAGGAAAAAGAAGAACCUAUAGCCGCUGUGGAGAAGGAAACAUCCAUUGUUGAGGAAGAAAAAUAUGUAGGUGAACAAAAAAGGAAAAGAGGUGCUCUAGCAACAACUGAGGAGUUGGAGGAGAAAAAGCGCAGGGUUCUCGAGGGAGGGGCAGCAGCAGAAGAGGUGAAGGUUUGCACCCUUUGUAAUGUAGUGGUCAACAGUCAGAAAGUAUAUGAAUAUCACAUUGCGGGGCAGAAACAUGCAGCCAUGGUGAAGAAACAGCAAGAAGCAAAAGCUGCGGCCGAGAGUUGAAGACAUUUAUGUUCAGAAGAAGAAGCAUUGACACAAUCUCCACUGGAGGAGGUGUACUCUUUGUUUCUUGAUCGUCUGUGAUUCUGGUCCUACCCACGGUGGAAACUGGUUGUGUUCCGUGGAUCAUUUGUUUGUCGUCCCAUCAUACUGUAGCAAAUGAGCUCAAAAUCGUGGUAGAUGGUGAAAUAUCUAGAACUUUUCUUCACCUUAACUUGGAUUCUGUUUAUGCCAGUGAUGUUUGUUUAUGUCAACUGGGAUUCAAGACAAUCUAAUUUACUUCUCUCA